CACUGGACGGGCAGGCAAACAAACUGGACAGAUCUCUGCACCCCUCAACCUGACGGAAGCGGGCUCAGACGUCCCAAUCCGGGUCCGGGGUACUCAGGAGGACUGUCUCAGCCCGGUGCCAGGAGGGCUUCGCGGAGGAGGCGCCGCAGCUCCGGGCGCGCCUGGCCAGACGUGCGCGCAGCCCCCUUCGGGCACGCACGCGCUCCCUCCCGCGCACGCGCGCGCUCCCUCCCGCGCACGCGUGUGCUCCGUGCACCGUGCUCAGGUCCCCGCGAGCGCAGGUUCCAGGCGGGCCCGGCGGGCGGGGGCCUCAGGGGCGCGGGCCGUUGGCGGCGGCCCGGAUGAGAGGCGCGCUCCGUCCAGGCCCCGUGACAGGCGCCCGAGGCCCGCCUCUGUCCGGCUGUCCUUCAGGUAGUCCUUGCGACCAGCUGGCGCAGCCCAAGGGGCCUUGCCUAGGGUCUGGAGAGGGUAGUCCCACCCUGAGAAAGGGGCUCAGGAGGCUCGGGGUGGCUGAGCUCUGCGACCAUGAAGGUCAAAGUCAUCCCUGUGCUUGAGGACAACUACAUGUACCUGGUCAUCGAAGAGCACACGCGGGAGGCUGUGGCCGUGGACGUGGCCGUGCCCAAAAGGGCCCGUCCCCUGCCUGGGGCACUGUGCACCCGGGCCUGGCGCCCCAACACAGGCAGCUACCUGGACCACCUGCAUCUCCCUAACUCCCAUCCCUUUCAGCUGCUGGAGAUCGUGGGCCGGGAGGGGGUAUCACUGACAACUGUGCUGACCACCCAUCACCACUGGGACCACGCCCGGGGCAACACGGAGCUGGCAAGGCUGCUGCCUGGCCUGGUGGUGCUGGGCGCAGAUGAGCGCAUCUGUGCGCUGACCCGCAGGCUGGCACAUGGCGAGGAGCUGCGGUUUGGGGCCAUCCACGUGCGCUGCCUCCUGACGCCCGGCCACACCUUGGGCCACAUGAGCUACUUCCUGUGGGAAGAUGAGUGUCUGGACCCGCCCGCCGUGUUCUCGGGGGACGCAUUGUCUGUGGCCGGCUGCGGCUCACGCCUGGAGACGACAGCUCAGCAGAUGUACCACAGCUUGGUGGAGACCCUGGGCACCCUGCCCCCUGAGACAAAGGUGUUCUGUGGUCACGAGCACACACUGGGCAACCUCGAGUUUGCACAAAAAGUGGAGCCUUGGAACAACCACGUGAAGGCCAAGCUAUCGUGGGCCAAGAAGAGGGAUGAGGAUGAUGUGCCCACGGUGCCCUCAACCCUGGGCGAGGAGCUCCUUUACAACCCCUUCCUGAGGGUGGCAGAGGAGCCUGUGCGCAAGUUCACAGGAAAGGUCGCCCCAGCUGAAGUCCUGGAAGUGCUCUGCAGAGAACGAGCAAGCUUUGAGCGGGCAGCUGAGCCGCUGCAGCCACAGGCCCGGGCACUCCUUGCGCUGCAGUGGGGGCUCCUGAGCAUGCCACGGCCAAAGUGAGCCCUACGUGGGCUGGGCCACACGCCCCUCCUCCCUUGACCCACAGGAGGAUCGAGACUUCCCAGCCCUGCCCAGCCUUAGAGGGUGGGCACCCUGGCCUUUCCUGGUAUUGGACACCCGGGGCCCCUCUCUGGGCCACAGUCAGCCCUGAGACCUGGGUGUUUGCGAAGCAGCCUAGUGGGGUGCACAGGGCUCCUGAACUUUGAAUAAAGCUUUGAAAGGCCUCUUUUUUGAUGCUGGUAAACACUCUUGAAGAGAAGCCGGUUUCAGAGAGUUCCCUUUACUAGAAGUGAGCUUCUCGGGGCCAGGCCUGGUGGGCUGAAUGCAAUCUGCCCUCCCCCUGCCCCUUAAGUGGGGGUCCAGCUGUGGACACAGGACUCAGCCAGAGAGACCACUGAGGCCUGAUAGCAAGAGUCCUUCCCACCUGGACUCAGCCCCCAAGACACAGGUUCUCAAGCCCCAGAGACCGCAGCUUCGUUGAACACCUGGUUCUAGGUGGAGGGAACACCCAUCCCCAGCUGGGGUCAUGGGCCAGGUGCCUGUCUCCUGCCAGUGUCCUCUGCUGCCCAUUGUGGCAGGGUUCCCCAAUCUCUGCUGUGAGCUUGACCAGCCUGGCAGGUCCAGCCUAUCACCACCCUCCACAUCGCAGCUUCAGGUGACUCUAG